CCAGCUCCCAGCACUGCCUCCCCCUCGACGGCUCACCCCAAAAAAAGGGGGCACCCAGAGGAACCCAAACCAAGGAGGGGGCUCGGGGGAUCCAGCACCAGCCCGCUGGGGAGCCCAGCUGACACCGCAGCCCCCCCGAACCCCCUCCCCGGGAUAAAACGACCCCGUGCAGCACCCGCCGCCUGCCCCCAGCCUCAUUCCAACCCCCCCCCGUGUCACCACAGCUCUCCUGCGGGGCUGGCACGGGUGAAUGUUUAACCGAGCCGUGGUACCAGUUUGCGUGGUGGCUCCCAGUGGGGCCAAGCGGGUGCCGCCGCCGCCGCCCCCAGUGAGGGGUGCGGGGGGCGAAUGGAGCCCCGACAGGGCGCACGGCCCAGAACGCUGCCACGGGGCCAGCAGCGAGCGAGCCCCGGAGCGGAGCAGGAAGGACCCGUGGAGGGCAGAGAAACGCGCCUGAGGGUGGUGCUGAGGGUCCGGCCGCUGACCUGCACGGAGACGCGCCGAGGGGACCGGCAGGUGGUGCACAGCCUGGGCGACGGCACCGUCCACGUGAGCGCAGCCAGGCACGACGCCACCUUCGGGUUCAGCGCCGUCUUCGACGCGGGCGCCUCGCAGGAGGCCGUGUUCGAGGGCAGCGGCAUGAGGCAGCUGGUGGAGCUGGCGAUCGAUGGCUUCUCCUGCACCGUCUUCGCCUUCGGACAGACGGGCUCGGGGAAGACCUACACCCUGAUGGGGCCUCUGGGGCAGAGCGAGGCCCCGGCGGUGCUGGGGCUGAUGCAGAGAUCCUUCGCCUGCCUCCUGGAGCACAGCCGCAGCCACGGCCCCGGCCUGGCGCUCAGUGCCUCCUACCUGGAGAUCUACAACGAGCAGGUCAGGGACCUGCUGAGCCCGGGGCCGCCGUGCGCCCUGCCCCUGCGCUGGAGCAAAACCCGCGGCUUCUACGCUGAGAACCAGCUGAGCGUGGAUUUUGAGAGCCUGGAGACCAUCAUCGACCUCCUCCUGCAAGGUUCCCGGAGGCGCCGGACCUCUGCGCACGCCCUCAACAAGCACUCGAGCCGCAGCCACGCUCUCCUGACCAUCCGCAUCCGCAGCCGAGCCCCCAGCAGCAGCCCCGGCAAGCAGGGCACGCUGUGCUUCGUGGACCUGGCCGGCAGCGAGCGGGUGAAGGACACCGGCUCCACCGGGGAGCUGUGCGUGGAGGCCAACAACAUCAACCGCAGCCUGCUGGCGCUGGGACACUGCAUCUCCCUGCUGGCCAAGCCCCAGGGGAAGCGGAUGCACAUCCCCUACAGGGACAGCAAGCUCACCCGGCUGCUGGCCCGCUCGCUGGGCGGCUGGGGCGUCACGCUGAUGGUCGCCUGCAUCUCCCCAUCCUCGCGCUGCCUCUCGGAGACGCUGAGCACCCUGCACUACGCCAGCCGGGCCCGCAGGGUCACCACCAGACCCGUGGCCAACAGGGUCCCCCGGGAGAAGUUGCUGCAAAGCUUGGAGGAAGAGAUCCGGGCCCUACAGCUGGAGAACCUCUCCCUGCGCCAGCAGCUCUGCCUGCCCACGGUGCCCACAAGGAGCGGGGAGGUGCUAGGGACCCCCCCGAGGCCGGGGGCACAGCCGGGAUGGGCAGGCAGGUCUGGCCCCGGGGGGCCACGCUGCUCCCCACCCGAAGGGCAGCUCCUGACGGAGGGAGCUCCAGCCUGGCCCAGCCUCUACGGCCUCCUGCGGGACUUUGUGGUGGAGAACGAGCAGCUCAGGCAGCCCCACAAGUCCCCAGACCCUGGUGGUGACAUCCCAUCCUACAGAGCCCCCCGCAGCUCCUGCAGCAGCCAGGUCCCUCUCCGGAGCACCCACAUCCCACUCGGCCACCCCACACAGCUCCAGCAGCCCCACGCGAUGCCCACCUCCGGGCACCAGCUGCCGAAACUGCCUCCUGCCUCCGGUUGCCCCCAGUGCUGCCCCGGGCUGCCCGAUGCCCUCGUGCCCCAGGUAUGUUUCGUGUCCCUUUGGAUGGGGCAGGCAGGGCACAGCAGCACCCUCACAGCUCCGCUCGGCCCCCAGGUGCUGCCGGGGCUCCCCGUGCCACAGCCGGUCCCCGUUGGCAUCCCGCUGCCUGGCCAGGAGGACGUGGCUCUGCCCAGCUCCCGGCCACACCAGGGAAAGAGGAGCUGGGGAAGGAGCAGGAGCUUGUCUCGGCGGCACACGGUGCCACGGGACAGCCGGGAGCCCAGCCCCGAGAGAAGGGUCGAGCCUUCGGCCCCGCCAUGGCCAGGGCCAGGUCUGCUGGAGCCCGGAGCCGCCGGAGCCGUCCCUCUGCCGCAGUGGGAAGAGGCCCUGGGGUGGCUGGCGGAGCAGAUCUGAGCAGCCACAGCCUCACCGGAGCCGGGACCAGCAGAGGGGACCCCGCACCCUGCAACCAGCCCCAGCCUGGCUGCAACCAGGGGCACAACCACAGCCCCCCGGGGCACAACAGACCACGAGGACCGCAUGGCCCACGGGUGGCCCAUCU